AGUCGACCAGCGUUGUAGCAGAGAAGCAGCAUAGUUAUGUGUGUAUAGGCCACAAUACGACGCUACGCAUUAGCGGGAGAGAAAGAGAGAGAGAGAGGGAGAGAGAAGAGACAGCAGGCGUCAUACGGCUGAGUGUGCGCAAAAAGACGUCUGGCAUGGUAGAAGCUGUGUAUGUGUUCGCUUAAAGGCCAGUCGCGACGGCCGAUUGCCGACUUGCAGCUGCAGAUAGGGAAAAAGAGAAACACGCACAUCAUCGAGAGUCCAAUCCCAAGCCGUGCGCGACGACUUUACUGUAGAGUGCCGAGAGUUGGGGCGCCGUCCGCUGCUUUUUGAGGUUAAGCGGGAGCUGAUCACGAGAUUCACGAGUUGCACUGGCUCGCCAACUAAGGAGCCGAAGAGGAGAAAGAGAAGUACAGAAGAGAGGAAGAAUAUAUAGGAUCAGAAAGGAGAGCGAGAAGCGCUCGCCGUGAGUACGCCUUUGCGCGCGUGAGGCCCAAAGGCCGCCUGCGCUUUCAGGGGGGGACCGUGCUUAAGGCUGCAGGAGGAGUUUAGUGACUAGCUAGUUUUCCUGGUGCGCGUCGAUGAACAUGUUGGUUGCUGCGAACUUGAGCGGGACAGUGCGGGAGCGAGGCCCGGUCACGCUGGCCGUUUGACGAACAUUUACGCGGCUCCGCGCGAUCGGGAAUGCUCUGGUGCCUCCGGUUUCUCUGCUAACACCGUUACCCUCGUCGAAAAAUGGUCAAGGAGAAGCCGAAUUCCAUUCGCAUCUAUGACUCCGAGGGCUACAGGCGCAGGGCAGCCUGCAUCUGCGUUAAGAACGACCUCGAGGACGAGGUACUGCUGGUUACCUCCAGCCGAAGACCCGACAGCUGGAUUGUCCCCGGCGGAGGGGUAGAACCAGAGGAGGAACCUGCGGUGACAGCGCUACGCGAGGUUCGAGAGGAGGCUGGAGUGCUUGGACAGUUGGGCAGGUGCCUUGGUAUUUUCGAGCAUACUGUUGUUCAGCAGAAUGUCGAACACAAACACAGAACCCAAGUUUGGGUCAUGCGAGUAACCGAGGAGUUACCAGAAUGGGAGGACUCGCGCUCCAUUGGUCGCAAGCGCAAGUGGUUCUCUAUACCAGAGGCUCUGCUUCAACUCGCUCAGCACAAACCUGUCCAGCGCUCUUACCUGCACAGCCUCCACAAUACCAAUCCUCGUCGCAACAACUCCAGCAUGCCUCUGGCGCAGUAUCCUCUCAGUCCGAUGGCGCCGAUCCAGCUGGUCAACAACUCUGGAAGCAGUCCUCAUUUUAACAAGCACAGCUAAUAAUCCAAGUAUCAUCAAUUCGUGUUUGGCGAGCGAGUAUCUCCAUCCAAUCCUGACACCUGUCUCUCCCACCUGUCCUUUGUGAGGAUUACGAUAAUUAUUACUGCUGUAUUUUAUACAUAUAACUAUAUUAAUUAUGCUAAUUAUUAUUAAUAUGAAUUGCUAAUAAACUGGUCCACACAGGAGCAA